GGGCUCCGCGCCACGCUUGAGCGAGGGCUGCGAUUUCUGAGACCCUGCAGCAGUGCCAGGCGGGCUGCGGGGCCAAGUUACUGCGCGACCGCCACCGGGUUUGUGCUCAGUGUCACCGUCCGGUGGCCACUGUGGAAGCAGCACCCAGUCGGGCACCAUGAGCUCCAGCACCACCACCUCGCUGAAGGUCGUCAGCAGCCUUGCCAACACUGAUGUCAACUAUGUCAUCAAAGAGCAUUAUAAUUACACGGGAAAGCUAAAUGAGAAUGCAGACAGUGGAAUAAAAGUGACAUCAGUGGUUUUUAUCAUCAUUUGCUGCUUUAUAAUCUUAGAGAACAUUUUUGUCUUGCUCACCAUCUGGAAAACUAAGAAGUUUCACAGACCCAUGUACUAUUUCAUUGGGAACUUGGCUCUUUCUGACUUGCUGGCUGGUGUGGCUUACACUGCCAACCUCCUGCUAUCUGGACACAAAACCUAUAGCCUCACCCCCUCCCAGUGGUUUGUAAGAGAAGGCAGCAUGUUUGUUGCCUUGUCAGCUUCUGUGUUCAGCUUGUUGGCCAUUGCCAUUGAGAGAUACAUCACCAUGCUGAAGAUGAAACUCCACAAUGGCAGCAACAGCUUCCGCUCCUUCUUGCUGAUCAGUGCUUGCUGGGUUAUCUCUGCAAUACUUGGGGGACUCCCAAUCAUGGGCUGGAACUGCAUCAGCCUCUUAUCCAACUGUUCCACUGUGUUGCCUCUCUACCACAAGCACUAUAUUCUCUUUUGCACCACAGUUUUCACUGGUCUGUUGCUAUCUAUUGUCGUCCUCUACUGCAGGAUCUACUCCAUGGUGAGGACUAGGAGCCGCAGGCUGACAUUUCGGAAAAACAUUACCAAAGCUACUAGGAGCUCAGAAAAGUCCUUAGCUUUGCUCAAGACAGUGAUCAUAGUCCUGAGUGCCUUCAUUGCCUGCUGGGCUCCCUUGUUCAUUCUGCUUUUACUGGAUGUGGGGUGUAAAGUGAAGACUUGUCCCAUCCUCUAUAAAGCAGAGUAUUUCUUAGUACUGGCCGUGCUCAAUUCAGCCACGAACCCUAUCAUCUACACUUUGACGAACAAAGAGAUGCGGAGGGCUUUCAUCAAGAUUCUGUGCUGCUGCAAAUGUCCCCCAGCAGACUCUGGGACCAAAUUCAAGAGGCCAAUCAUUGGAGGGAUGGAGUUCAGCCGGAGUAAGUCUGACAACUCCUCCCACCCACAGAAGGAGGAAGGCGACCGUCCUGAAACCAUCAUGUCUUCAGGCAAUGUUACCUCAUCUUCUUAGGAGUAACCUGGGGGGAGAGGGAGGGUAUUUCAGAGCCCUCCUCUGAAACUGGGGAGCUGAGACGCCUCCUGCUCACGACAGCAGUGUUGGGCUAAGGGAACGAGUAGCCUUAGUUCUCAUGGGGCACAUGGUGCAUUUGCGAGGCUGGAGUUCAAGAAAUGGGACAGACUGUUCUGGCUUGUUUUGUCUUUGCACUGAGGCAGCUCAGGAUUGUCAGGCGCAUUCAUAUCCUGAAAUCUCCUUAGUAACUCUGAAAGACUGAUGCCUUGGUGAAAUGAUGCCUGGUGUGUGUGAGAAAAAGAGAGAGGGGGAGGAGGGAAAAGGGAGAAUGAAUCUUUUUUCUUUUUUUUUUUCCCAUGUGAGAAGAAUGUGAAGUUAUUUCUCCCUUACUUGCAGCGCACCACUGACACAAAGAUCCUUCUGUAGUGAAUUUAGUGGUUGCUCUGGUAUAGUUGGUCUGAACUGUUUGUUUAGCACAUAACAGGGAAAGAAGUAACACAAAUACAACUUAGACAACAUACAACCAUAAUUUGGCAUCACUUUUCAGAGUUUUUAGUUAAGUCUUAAGGUGUUAUGUGCAGAGUCCAAAGCUCUUGGGGUUUUAUUAAGCAAAGUCACAGCUAUGGAUUUUUGCUGUUGGUCCAUAUUACAUCCGAAGCCAUUUCCACUGACUGUCAGAUUUCAUGGAGAAGCUCAGAGCAGCAUUUGGCCCCAUACAUUGAUCACCUUGUUAUUCUGUAGCAUUAAAAAAACUUACUAUGAUAAAUGUAAGGUAGAACUAAAGGUUAUUUCUCUUUAAGAUGACUGAAAAUAAAUCUAAUAGUAUAAGAUACUAUUGACAACAGCAGGAUUUUUGCCCAAGUAAAGAAGAGUUAAAAGCCGCAGGGGCAGUCCAGUGUCAGGUUGACAGCCUUUCCAAAGGUAAAGAGGGGAGGGAAAAAUCUGAACAGAGUACCCUGAGUUUCAGGAAAAUAAAAGGAAAGUUGAAGUGAAAUGACUAUAGCUAAAUGCACUUCCAUAACAAAAUGCAAUACAUCUUGGCACAUUUUAUUAAUAAUUUCAGCAAAGGGUUUAUCAGUUCUGGGAAGAAGUACUUGUCGUCAAAUUGAAUGUAUUUGUUUUACAGCAUCAUUUUUACUCCUCUGUUUUUCUAACCUGUGCUAAUGGGGUUGAAUGUGUACAAUGUAAAUAAGUUAAUAAGAUGAGGGAGACUUCAUGCGCCUAGAGUAUUACUGUAACAGAAGUGGUAUAUCUGGGAUAGCUGAGAGCAAUUGACUGAUUUACAGUUAUUGGCAUUCCUAGAAGUGGUAUUUUGUAAAGAAAAUGUAUUGCCUUUGUAGUAAAAUUUCCAGUGCAAUUAAACUCUUGGGGUUUUUUUCUGGUUAAAAAAAAUAGUAUUUAAAACAUUUCUGACUUUUAUUGUUCGAUUUGCACAUAGCUUUAUUGACUUC